AUGCGUGUUUCGACUCUUCUCGUCGCCGGUUCGGCUUCCCUUGCACUGGCUGCGCCGGUGCAGAACAAGCAGGAGAAGCGUGCUUCUACCUUCACCUUCUUUGGCAUCAACGAGUCUGGCCCUGAGUUUGGUGAGGGUAACCUGCCUGGAACUCUGAACACCGACUAUGUCUGGCCUACUCUGUCGACCAUUGAUACCUUCGUUAACAAGGGAAUGAACACCUUCCGUGUCAACAUCCUGAUGGAGCGUCUUACCCACAGCUCCAUGACUGAUUCCCUUGACGCCACCUACCUUGCCGACCUUAAGAAGACGGUCAACUACAUCACCAACAAGGGUGCCUAUGCCAUGAUAGUUCCCCACAACUAUGGCCGCUUCAACGGCAACAUCAUCAGCGACAAGGAUGGCUUCAAGACGUGGUGGACCAACGUCGCGACCGAGUUCGCCAACAACACCAAGGUCAUCUUCGACAUCAACAACGAGUUCCACGACAUGGACCAGGACCUCGUCGUCAGCCUGAACCAGGCCGGCAUCGACGGCAUCCGCGCCGCGGGCGCCACCUCGCAGUACAUCACGGCAGAGGGCAACUCCUGGACCGGUGCCUGGAGCUGGGUGUCGAGCGGCAACGCCGACUCGAUGGGCAGCCUGACGGACCCCCAGGACAAGCUCAUCUACCAGAUGCACCAGUACCUCGACAGCGACAGCUCCGGCACCAACGAGGCCUGCGUCAGCACCACCAUCGGCAAGGAGCGCCUCGAGGCCGCCACCAACUGGCUCAAGGAGAACAACAAGAAGGGUCUCCUCGGCGAGUUUGCCGGCGGCAACAACGACCAGUGCAAGACGGCCGUCACCGGCAUGCUCGACUACAUGAAGGAGAACAACGAUGUCUGGGAGGGUGCUCUGUGGUGGGCCGCCGGUCCCUGGUGGGGCAGCUACAUGUACAGCAUCGAGCCCACGGACGGUACUGCUUACACCGCUUACCUCGACACCCUCGUCAGCUACAUUUAA